AUGGCCGGAAAGAAUCAGGAUCGAUUGCAAGCGAUUUAUGGCGUCGUCGCCCAUUCGGCUAGCCAGACAGAAGUAAAGGUCUUGGACAGUGCUCUCAUCGUGGUUGACUCGGCCGGUCGAAUCGUGGCGCUGGAAGCCGACUUGCCAAGGGCCGAUAUUGCCUGGAAACUGGCGGAGCUGAACCUCGACCAAUGCCCCGUCAGGGAGCUUUCCCGCGAGCAGUUUCUCAUCCCAGGCUUCGUCGACACCCACAAUCACGCUCCUCAGUGGAUGCACCGCGGCUUAGGUCAGGGCAUGCAAAUCCUCGACUGGUUGUCCAAGAUUGCCUUUCCGAACGAGGCCCGGCUAAAGGACACGGCUUAUGCCAGGAAAGCGUACAAUGCCGUCGUGACGGGGAUGCUCAGGCAAGGCGUCACCACGGCAAGCUACUACGGAUCACUGCAUGGUGAAGCCACGGAAAUACUGGCUGACAUCUGUCUUGACAAAGGCCAGAGGGCGCUCGUGGGCAAGUGCAACAUGAACAGAAACUCGCCUGAUUACUACCGCGACGCAAGUGUGGACGAGUCCCUGCGAGUCACAAGAGACUGCAUUGCCCACAUCAAGAGCAUCGACCCCGAGGGCAAGCUGGUGCGACCAGUGUUGACACCUCGCUUUGCCAUCUCCUGCGAGGAGUCGCUUCUGGCUGGACUCGGCGAGUUGGCUGCGGAGAACCCCGGCAUGGCCAUUCAGACGCACUUCAACGAGUCCGAGCAGGAAACGUCGACCACUCUGUCACUUUUCCCGGGCUUUGCGAAUGAGGCGGACCUCUACGCUCACUACGGUCUGCUCACCCCCCACUCCAUCCUCGCCCACUGCACCCUCAUGACGCCGUACGAGAUGCAACGCUUGCAGGGUCUUGGUUGUGGCAUUGCGCACUGCCCGACCGCCAACAUGACCGUGGGAGGGGGUUUCAUGGCGGCUCCUGUGCACGAGUUCCUCGAGCGCGGUAUCGAUGUUGGCCUGGGGACUGACUCUGGAGGCGGCUACUCCCCGUCCAUCCUAAACGCCAUGCGUCAUGCACUAGUGGCCUCUUUUGCCCGCGAUUUCAUCUAUGCUAAGAACGGGGAUGCUUCGUUGUCGCUCGACCAGGUCUUCCACAUGGCCACCAUCGGGGGGGCGCGUGUGGUUGGAUUUGGGGACGAGAUCGGUGAUUUUACCAUUGGGAAGCAGUUCGAUGCGCUGCUAGUAGACAUGGGCACUUUGCGAGGCGGCGUGGCCACUCCCCUGCAGCCCGAGGACUCCUCUAGGACCAUGUUCGAUAAAUUCAUUAUGACAGGAGACGAUCGGAAUAUAGUGGCUGUGUUCACCCAGGGGAGAGAGGUUUUUACUUCUUAA